AUGGACUACUCUGCGCAUGACCCCGACCACCCAGCAGGAGGCGAUCCAUGGGCGUCCUCCCCGCAGCACAACAGGACGAGCUUUGGCCAGCCUCCCACCAGCGACAUCCCCUCCUCUCCGCUCCCGCCGCAAGCUUCUCCCUAUGGCCAGGAAUCGGAGAAUUAUGGAUAUAUGGGCGACCAGAACAGGCCAAAUACGGCGUCUGAGAAUGGCGACCCGGCCCGACCCCAAUCGCAAGACCCCAGGCAAGAUGGCCAGGCAGCGCAGCAGCAACAACAAGCUCCGGCGCAGGGCCAACAAGGACAUAAUCAACCCCAACGCUACCAUGGGAACCGCCAGCAGAAGCCGCAGACCCACUACAAGCUUCAAGCAAAAGUAACAGGCCUGGAGCGCACCGGCAAGAAGGACCCAAUCCUCCGAUUUGAUGUAUACACAAACCUUCCUAAAUUCCGCACGACCCAGUUCCGCGAUGUCCGACGAUUGCACUCAGAAUUCGUGAAGCUUGCAGAGCAUCUAAUAUCGGCAUGUCCGGAAGCUAUGGUACCUGCAGUACCGCCUGCAACUACAGCUGCUGGCGCGGGAACCGACGAGGACGAAGCGCGCGUCAAAGCAUCAAUACAGCGAUGGCUGAACGUGGUAUGCAGCAACGAGGUGCUGAUACGAGACGAAGAGAUGGUCUUUUUCGUGGAAAGCGAUUUUGGAUACAGCCCAGUCGUUCGAAGGAAACAACCGGCGACUGGUGUUCGCCGGAAGGUGAUCAAGCAGUUUGCGCCCCCGCCAGACGACACGCCUGAGCUCGCUGCUGCGCGUCCGAUAGUAAAGGCUUUCUACUUGGGCACCAUGGACACGGAGCAGAAAGUUGAGAAGGUCGUCAAGUCUAGGAGAAAUCUUGGGGUUGCCGAGUCUGAUCUAGGACAGAAGCUCGCAGCAAUGCAUGUGCAAGAAACACAUACCGGUCUCGGCCUGGCAUACAGAAAGCUAGGGAAAGUCAUCCAGGCUACGGGCGACUUCCAUGCUGCUCAAGGAACAGCCGAGGCAACGACACUGGGCGACCCUCUCCAGUACCACAGCAGUGAUGCCUUCAUUGUCAAGGAAACUCUGACGAACCGACACAUCCUCCUGCGAGAAUUGUUGCAGGCACAAGCUUCGACCAAGUCGAAGAUGUCAGCAGCAGACCGGUUGAAAGCAAGCUCAAGCGUGAAAAGGGACAAGGUGGAUGAGGCUAUCACUGCAUUGGAAGAAGCCCGCAGUCACGAGCAAUAUCUUCUUCAAAAGUCUCAGCGAGUAACCGCGAACCUCCUUCAAGAGCAGAGGAAAUGGUUCGACCGAACUGCAGCCGACAUGCGAUAUGCGGUCCGGGAGUAUGUUGUGCGUCAAAUAGAAGCAGAACGUCGCACACUCGCUACUCUAGAAUCCGUGAGGCCCGAUAUUCGAGCGAUAGACAAUAGCGGUGGACUUUCACGUCUGGGUCGCGAGGCACAUCCGGCAGUGCGCCGUGCAUCUAUGGCAAGCUCUCAAGGGCCGAAGGGCGAUGCUUGGUCUGGUGUCCCAAGGCGGCCAGGUGAUGGACUCAACCGAAGCAUGAGCGGUAGCUUCCCUGCCGUUCCUGGUGUGCAAGAAGAAGACGAAGAAGGCGAAGAGGAAAGCACCACUGGAAGAAAGCGUGCGACUAGCAAGGCUGGCGCCGACGAUGACGAUGAUCGCAUCGAUGCAAAGAAUGCGGCUAGCAGGUUAGCCACGACCACGUUCUAA